AUGACGUUCGACAAGACCCUCCCGGAUCACCUAGACCAUCUCGACCAGGUCUUCCGGAAACUCAAAAACCUCCAGGAGCUGGAACAUUGGAUCGGAGCAACUGGGUUCCUCCAGUCCAAGAUCCCGUAUUAUGGCAAUACCGCAGCCAUGCAGUUUUCGGUGCCGGUCCCAGAAGGGGAGGACACCCGCACCAUACCGAAACGCAGGAGGAAGUCCGGCAACCUCACCACGGCACAGCGCGAAGCCCGCAAGGCCGCGAAGAGAGCAGAGGAGGCUGCUCAGGCUGCCGAGGCUGGUGAUGCUGGCGAGUCUGCUAUUAGCAGAGCUCCGGUUGAGGUUGUCGAGGAAGACGACAGGUUGCCUUGGGAGGAUCGUAAGGCCUUGCCUCCAAUCUCUCCGAUUCCCUCGUCCUCGCCCGUCCCGAUCCCUUGGUCCCCAAGCCCACCAAGGGGUCCCGCACCCGCGCAGUCGACUGGUUCUGGCGAAUACUGUCUCGUCGUUGGCCGGGAGUCCUCCAACAAGGCUGGCACGAAGAUCGUUAAUGGCCGCACGGUCAAGCUUACGCCGGUGGAGCGUAAGGAGGAGCAGCACCAGCUCAGCCUUAUAACGGGCAGGCGUUUGAAGGCCAACACACCCGCUCGUUUCCGCCACAUCAAGGCUGUCUUCGAGAAGAAGCGCGCCCAUGAGAACGCCCGCUGGGAUGGAAGGCGCUGCGACAAGUUUUUCCGGGCCAUCCGGGAGGUCCUCGAUGCGGUGCCGUUCGGCUAG